ACGACGACUGGGUCUCCACUCCCUCAUGCAGACCCGUACCCGAACCCGACCCGGCCCAUUCCCAGGCCCACCCGGACGACCUCAAGGUCAUGAUGGUCGCCAACCUCCUCCUCCUCGGCUCCCACUCCAGCUACCUCGACCUCCUCUUCCGCGACCACUUCGUCUCCAAGUUCUUCGCUGUAAGUAAAUUCCCCAUUCUACCCUCGCCAAUAUCCACAUAUUACAGACUGAGCCGGAUUACCUGAAAUCUGUUGUGAAAUCUGAAAAAACCAGAGAUCGUUCCGGACUCUGGGGCCGGACAUGCUUCUGGUCCUCGGCGACGUCUCGGCGCGUGGUCACCACUUGCCGAGGAGCGAGUACGCGUCGGUGAUCCGGCAGUUCCACCGCGUGCUCGGCCCGUUUCUGGACCUGCCGCUCCACGUGGCGCUCGGCGACCGCGACGUCGGGGAAUGCGGCGGCCUGAGCGAGGAGGCGGUGGGGUGGAUCGCGAGGAGGAUGCCGGGGCUGGACUCGGCCGGGUGCGGAGCCUUCGAGAUCGGCAACGUCAGCUUCGUGUCGCUAAACGCCGUCGCUUUGCUGUGUGGGAACAGCGGGCUGAGGUUUAGUGUGGAGAAGGCGGUGGAGAGAGAGAGCGUGGAUUUUCGAGUUGAAAAUGAGGCGGUGAGGGGUGGUGAGAGUGAGGUGGAGAGGAAGGAGGCGAGGGUUUAUGAGUUUGGGUGGAGAGAGAAUGCAAUGUCAGCUGGUUCUGGUCCGGUGGUUUUGCUUCACUUUCCGUUGAGCCGAAAUGUGACUCCUAGUUUCGGUGGGAGUAGUAACAUUUUCGACGGCAGGGAGGAUGUCGGGAGAGGGCCGUACGAUUUGUUACAGAAGCUACCACCAAAUGCUACUGAAUACAUAUUUCAAGCUCUCAAGCCAAGGAUUGUUUUCAGUGCCCACACUCAUGAAUUCUAUGAUCACUUCCAUCCAGAUGGAACCCGUGAGGUUACUGUUCCGGCCAUGACAUGGAAUGCAAGGAAUGAUCCUGGAUUUGUUAUUGCCAUUUUCCGAAGGAAUGGAGGUGCUGUAAGCAUCAGCUAUUGCUCUCUUGCUAGGGAAUCUCACGUACUUGUAGCCUAUGCAUUUCUUCUGAUUCUUUCGGUAUCAAUGCUGGCUUUCUCAAGCACGCCUAGUUUAAGAUCUUUGAAGACUAUGAUAUCCUGAUAUCUGUCCUACAAGUGUGUUGUGCAUUACUUUCCGUAGAAUUUUGUAUGUACAUUACUAUAGUCUUUGGGUGAGCGAAAAUCUCGCGUGGAUAUAGCUGUGUUAUUAAGUCAUAUACCAUAGUUGAAGAGGUGGAGGUACAUUGUGCUACUACUAGGAUGAGAAAAAGAAAGAAAAUAAUGGAAAUCUCCUAUCGCAGCCCCGUUUGGGUUGUUUUGAUAUCAUUUUGUUUCAUGGUGGGAAUGGAAGAAAUUUUUGAAGCUGCAGCUGUAGGUUGGCUCUGACUAAUUUGUUGUUUUUGAAU